CAUCACAUUACCCUUUGAGAAAGCAUUCACUUCCCUGUUUUGGCUGAGUGCUCAGAUAAAUCGCUGUGCCGCUUCAUAAACCUGUUGGCGCAAGCUUGUCAAGAUGUUUGUUUGAUUUCUGCGAUUUCCAACUCAAGUGGACUUGUGACUUCUACAAUAUGUUCAAAAUUUCAGGAUGGAGCUGGAUCUAAACUCCUCCAACAUGUCCGUGGAGUCUGUUCGGCCGGAGCAGGGACCGGUGGAGUACCGCAUGGCAGGCCUAGUCUUCUACUGCAUCGUCUUUAUCGUAGGAUUCAUAGUGAAUAUCACUGCUUUAUGGGUGUUUUCUCUCACCACCAAGAAGAAGACCUCUGUCACUGUCUACAUGAUAAACGUGGCGCUGGUGGACCUCACCUUCAUCCUGCUGCUACCCUUCAGAAUAGUCUACCACUAUUUCGACUAUUGGCCCUUUGGAGACGUUUUCUGCAGAAUCAGUGCCGCUCUGACCAUCUUCUACCCCUGCAUGGCUCUGUGGCUCUUUGCUCUGAUCAGUGCUGACCGCUACAUGGCCAUUAUUCAGCCGAAGCACAGCAAAGAGCUGAGGAACAUCCCAAAGGCCGUGGUGGGGAGUCUUGGGGUGUGGCUCAUGACUCUGGGCAGCACCGUCCCCCUGAUCUUCUCUGAGGACGAUCCAGACAGCGUCUCCAACUACACCACCUGCAUCAAAAUGCAAGACAUCAUCUACAUGCGCCGCGACAACCCCGUCAACUUCGUACGACUCCUGUUCUUCUUCCUUGUUCCCAUAUGUAUAAUGAUUGUCUGCUAUAUUGUCAUUGUGGAUAAUCUGAAGCACGGCCGCACCUCUAAACUCAAACCUAAAGUCAAGCAGAAGUCAAUCCGGAUUAUCAUCACACUCAUUGUCCAAGUGUUGGUGUGUUUUGUGCCCUUCCAUGUGUGUUUGGUGGUCCGCUUAGUGGGGACGGGCGAAGAUGGCGGGUUUAGCACAUGGGCUGUCUUCACCACAUUCCUGAUGAACAUGAGCACAGUGUUAGACAUCAUUUUGUUCUACAUUGUCUCCAAGCAGUUCCAGGACAGGGUGAUCAGCGUGAUUCUGUACAGGAACUAUCUGCGGAGUGUGAGACGGAAAAGCAGGCACACGGGCAGCGUCCGAUCAAUGAGCAACUUGACCAGCGCAAUGAUUUGACGCGAGCAUCACACUUUCAUGUCAAAAAACAAACUGUUAUCUACUGUGCUUGCUUUGGCGCAAUGUAACACUGAAUGCUUCAAUCUGUACAUAGUUCAUUAUCGAGAGGAUCAGAACUUGCAAUUAAUUUCCAAAGUGUAAUUUACACUCACAGUAUGGGAGCGAGUGCUGCUGUUGUGGCAAAAAACAUCUGUGUUCAGAGCUGAUUGACUCACCCAUGAGACGUUUUUUUUUGUGAAUCUUUGCUCUAGCAGACAAAGCACGAGUGUCUGUGGCUCAGGUGUUAUACAUGCAGGUGAAAAUAAAGAUCAUAAUCAUUCAAACAUA